UUUGCCAGACCUCUAAUAUCGAUAAUAAGAAACGAGUUUGUCCUAAAUGCAAAAAUAAAUUACCAACGCUUGCUGAGAUAGUCGACGAACAAUCUAAGAUCGUAAAUGCCGCUGAAAAAUCACCCAUUCCUCCUUACGUAUUUAAACAACGAUCAAUUCUGGAAA